AACCCAUCUUCAACAAUUGGUCGACGUUAUGCCAAGUCAAAGCAGGCGGUCCAGCACGCAUUCUCCACGAUGCUGCCCGACAACGGGGUCUACCAAGUGCGUAGCCAUAUUCCUUUGGCCGACCUCACGGUUCUCCACUUCGAGACUCCUGUGCAUUUAUCGGAAGCAGAACGAAAAGUAGUUGACUUUUGGUUGAAGUCCACCCAUCGAGACACCAUCUGGGCUUCUGUAGAUCUCAUGGGAUUGAAUGUGUCUACGACCUGUUUCCAUACAACUUCAAAGCGGUGA